AUUACGUCCACCUUCGCGGGCGGCCACACCGUUCGAUCCUGCCGUUGCACGUCCUUCAUAUUCUACUUAACGCUUCGAGAUGUUCAAAAAGUUUCAGCCCUCAGCCGACGUCUCGGGACAAGUCAGCGUGAAGACCUCAGUCCAGCGGUCUAUCAGGUCUAACAUUCUCGCGCAAUGGAAAAUCAACCCGGAGACCUUCGACCAGAUAUGGCCCAAGAAGGAGUCCCUCACGCUCGUCAAGUGCAGAGACCAUAUCUCUAUCUACACACUCCACGGCGAGCCGCUCUUCUUCCAACAUUUCGACGGUCCAUUCUUCCCCACGUUGAGGCUGCUGCACAAAUACCCUUUCAUUCUGCCCGCUGUGAAGGUCGACCGCGGGGCCAUUCGCUUCCUGCUCGCAGGCGCCCAUAUGAUGUGCCCAGGGUUCACGUCAGCGGGAGGCUACCUUCCACCAGCAGACCAAGCGCUACCUGCCAACACGCCUGUCGCUAUCCAUGCCGAAGGCAAGGAGCACGCGGCCGGCAUCGGCAUCACCAAGCUAGGCACGGAGGAAAUCAAGAGCGUCAACAAGGGUGUCGGGGUGGAAACGGUAACGUAUCUUGGAGAUGAUUUGUGGAAGCUGCAACAGCUGUAGUUUGAUCGUGCGUUAUAGGCUCCGUGCGCGCUGUUGACGAAGUGUAUGUGCUGUAUCACUAGUCGUGUGUCAAUGCUCUGCCCCAUCCUCCGGAUUC